UGAGACGGAGGAAAAUGCAUGACGAGAUUUGUAUUACCGCAACAAGACGGGGGUGGGUGGAGCCUUCCCUGUUGCAGAAAAAACGUCGGAGGGGGGGAAAGUUGUCUUUAAAUCCCGGCCUGGUCGUCGGAGCAAAGUAAUUCACGUCGAAACAAACCCAUUCGCGCCAGGUGCUCGCUGCUCGCGCUCCCCUUCCUGACACGAGCGGCCGCACCGGUUACUAUUGGCAGCGCCGGGCUAGGGUUCUGAAUCGGAACCUUGAGACCUGAAAUCAGAACCUUGAGAACUGAAAUCGGAACCUUGAGACAAGCGUCUACGUUCGAAGUGAGCAGCCGUGGCCUCUCGCACACCCGGGCAGUCGACAACACUUGGGGCGGCUGCGCUGCGCUACACUGCAACCCUCAGCAGCGCCGCAAGAAGGCAGGCAGGCAGGCAUCGACCCUCGGCUAACACCAGUCUUCCUUUUUGGAGGGUGGGAAAAAAAGGGACUUAGGCACGUUGUGGAACGAAGCAAAGGAGCCAAGUCUUAGUAAUGGCAGUAGUAGCUCUGGAAGCGGGGCGCUGGGCGCUUGUCGCGAUUCUGCUCUGGGUCUCCCGUUGUUCUGGUUUUAACUUGGAUAUCAGCCCGUCUGUUUACUCCGGACCCCCGGGCAGUUACUUCGGAUUUGCUGUCGACUUCUUCACACCUGCCCCGUCACAAGUGAACAUUUUAGUUGGAGCCCCAAAGGCAAAUACUUCUCAGCCAGACGUAGUCGAAGGUGGAGCAGUGUACAAGUGCCCCUGGAAGAAGGGAGACACCAGCUGCGAGCAGUUCCCAUUUGACAACACAGGUAACAGAUUUUUAAGCAAGGAUGAUAUGAUGGAAUUCAAAUCCCACCAAUGGUUUGGAGCAUCAGUGAGAACUCAAGGUGAUAAAAUUCUGGCUUGUGCACCCCGUUACCACUGGAGAACAUUAAAUCGGCCUGAACGUGAACCAGUGGGGACCUGUUACCUUGCCGACGGGGAUAAGGUAGUGGAAUAUUCACCGUGUCGAACAGCCAAAAGUGAAGCUGAUGGCCAAGGCUUUUGCCAGGGAGGUUUCAGCAUUGACUUUACAACGGCAGGCAGAGUGGUUCUUGGGGGACCAGGCAGUUUUUACUGGCAAGGGCAGUUAAUCUCCGAUGAGAUUAAGGACAUCGUCACAAUGUACAAUUCUUCAGUGUUUAUCUCACAAUUUCCGAAUCAAGUCUCGACACGUGGGGCUAACGCUGUAUUUGAUGACAGCUACCUUGGCUAUUCAGUUGCUGUUGGAAACUUUAACAAUGAUUUGGUGGAAGAUUUUGUUACUGGUAUUCCAAGAGGAGCAAAGUCCCUGGGCUAUGUGGCUAUUUUAAAUGGAGUUAACAUGCAAUCGCUUCACAAUUUCUCUGGGGAGCAGAUGGCUGCAUACUUUGGUUACUCUGUUGCUGUUACUGAUAUCAACAGUGAUGGAUUUGAUGACCUUUUGGUUGGAGCACCGCUUUUUAUGGUUCGUGGUUCUGAUGGAAAAUAUCGAGAAGUGGGACAAGUACAUAUUUAUUUUCAGGAUGCGCCAACUAGUUUUAAAAAUGCUUUGAAGCUGACAGGCACAGAGACCUAUGCCAGAUUUGGGUCUUCAAUUGCACCUUUGGGAGAUCUCGAUCAGGAUGGUUACAAUGAUGUUGCAAUAGGAAUUCCUUAUGGAGGGGAAGACCAUAAAGGCCUGGUUUACAUUUACAAUGGGAAAUCCUCUGGUUUAAAUCCUCAUCCUUCUCAGAUGUUAGUAGGACAGUGGGCUUCUGACAGCAUGCCUGCCAGUUUUGGUUAUGCCAUGCAUGGCGCUGUUGACGUUGACACAAAUGGAUAUCCAGAUUUAAUCGUGGGAGCUUUUGGUGUUGACAAAGCAGCAGUUUACAGAGCCCGACCAGUAAUCCUUGUGAAUGCUUCAUUAGAAGUCAAUCCAUCGGUGCUGAAUCCAGAGAAUAAAAACUGUACACGCAGAGACAAUGUCAUGGUGUCCUGUUUCAAAGUUACGUUUUGCUUAAGUGCCUUUGGAAAAAGAGCCACAAGUUUCUUGGACUUUAAUGUGGUAUUGCAGUUGGACAAGCUGAAGCAGAAGGGUGCCAUCAAGAGAGCAAUAUUUAUUCACAGUUCCCUUUCUUCAUAUGAGAAGAAAAUGAAAGUGGAAAAUAAUCGAAGAAAAGUUUGUGAAGAAUUGGAAGCCUAUCUGAGGGAUGAGUCCGAGUUCAGAGACAAAUUGACUAAAAUUGCUAUCUACAUGAAAUACAGCUUAGAUUUAACAACAACAAUGGCUAUAAAUGGACUACAACCAAUCCUUGACCCAUUUACUCCAGAUAAUAUCACCAAACAGGCACACAUUUUAGUGGAUUGUGGAGAUGACGACAUCUGCAAACCCGAUCUUAAACUCUCCGUGCAAGGGGAUCGAAAGCAGCUGUACAUUGGGGAUGAUAAUCCCUUAACCCUGAUUGUGAACACACAGAAUGAGGGUGAAGGAGCCUAUGAAGCUGAACUAUACAUUGAGUUACCACCACAAGCAGAUUAUGUUGGUGUUGUCCGCAACAAUAAGAGUCUUACCAGAUUGUCCUGCGCUUACAAGACAGAAAAUGAAACUCGAUUGGUAGUUUGUGAUCUUGGAAACCCCAUGAAAGCAGGAGCAAAUCUCUUGGCUGGUCUGCGAUUCAGCGUACACAAGCUACAAGAGGCCGAGGCAGUUGUUACCUUUGACCUGCAAAUUAAAAGUUCCAACAAGCAUGAUGGGAAGAGUCAAAUAGUAUCCUACACAGUUGACAUUACUGUCCUGGCUCAAGUUGAUAUCAGAGGUGUUUCUUAUCCUGAUCAGCUGUUUUUACCCAUUGCAAACUGGAAGGAAGACCCUCAGAAUGAGGAGGAAGUGGGUCCAUUAGUCAUGCACGUCUAUGAGUUACGGAACAAUGGACCAAGUGCCUUUAGCAAAGCCAUAUUGGAUCUGCAAUGGCCCUACAAGUUUAAGGAGAAUUUCUUGUUGUAUGUAAUGGAGCUCAAGUCUGAGGGUCCUAUGACGUGUACUCCAGGCACAAUUAUCAACCCACUGAAUUUAAAAACUGCAGAAUCGAAGACAAAUCAAUCAUUAUCAGCAACUGCAGUUCCAGAAAUUCGACACCACAGAAAACGCAGAAGUACAAAUGAUUUAGAAGGAAUUCAAGUUCUGGAAUGUGGUAUCGUAGAAUGUAUGAAGAUAACCUGCCAGAUUGGUAAACUGGAAAGAGGCAAGAGUGUUGUUCUGCACAUCAGGUCACGAUUGUGGGCUGAAACAUUCAUGCAGAAAGAGAAUCAGUCAUAUUCCUUGAAUGCUUCUGCAACGUACGAUGUUAUAGAAAUGCCGUAUAAAAAUCUCUCUGCUGAACUUCCUUCUGGAUUUAUUAUGGUCACCACCUUAGUGACUUGGGACAAACCUACACCUCCUCACCAGGUGCCAUUCUGGGUCAUUAUAUUGGCACUCCUAGCUGGCCUUCUGCUUUUAGGUCUCCUGGUGUUUGUCAUGUAUAAGCUUGGUUUUUUCAAACGUGUUCGUCCACCACGUGAAGAUUCCAUUGAACGGCAACAACUUCAGCCCCAGGAGGUGAACGGAGAUGGGGCUGUUGAAACCUAAGCAGGGUCUGAUAUUAAAUAAACUGACCAAGCAAACAACACUAAAGCCUGGACUUGAAGUGAACAACCUAACUAACGUGGUAUGAAAUGAACUGCCAAAAAUGCAGUCUGCACUAGCAUCUUUAUUUGUAUUGACGUGGUUGUAGGUACAAUUAUUGAGCAAGAGCAAUAUAAAUUGAGCUUUGCUGGUUCCUACUGAUGUGGUUCAUGUAUUUCACUGCACUGAUUAGCACUUCAAAACAUCUGUAAAAGGCUGCAGGUUUAAAUGGUGAAAUUCUUGCCUGCAGUCACUGAUACAUUGACAGCAACCAGUAUUGUUAAGUUUAACUUUUGCAGUGCAAUAUCACGAUAUGUUAGUAGAUCCUCACUGAAAAGCAAAUUAUUAAGUCAUUUAAGAAUAAGACCUCUUAAAUGUAUUAAUUGCUUACAUUUGUGAUUUAACAUUUUUUUCGUAACAUUACAUGACUGUUGCCAAUAUACUUGGAGAAAUGUUUUUACAAUGAGAAUGUAUAAUAAAAAGAAAAGUUUUGGAAUGUGAAUGAUUGCCCAUAUUGGGUGAAUAGAGAGAGUAAGGUGUCCUGUAGCUAUGCCACAUUUCAUUUUGGUUAAUGGUGGAAAUGAUUGAGCAAAUGUACAAUGCACUACAGUGAACUAUUUUGAUACUAUUUCUUGGUUGCACUCUAUAGCAUAACAUAACCCAGAUUAUCACACACUUGUGUUACUGCAUUGAAAACCUAAAUGCAAUUCACUCCCCCAUCAGAUUAUCACCCAAUAUUGUGUUCAUCCUUUUAUUCCUAUUUGUGCAGACUGACCUAAUCUGAGCUGGCAACCAAGUUGUACUGCAUUUAAAAAAAAAUAAAGUUGCUCUCAUUUGUAGAAAAAGCUGUUUGAUUACAAAUAAUAAACUAUGCAUUUAAUACGAUGACAAUGCCCAAAUAUUCAGAAUUCUUUUUGAUCAGAAAAUCAGGCAGUCUAUUUCCUUGUAGGUUUUAAUUUUUUUUUAAAGGGAAAUUAGUAUUUUGGCACGUAUCUUUUAUGAUUUACAUUUGUUCUUUGGCGUAUUUUUAUGGGGUGAUUGUAUUUCAUGGCUUUUUAAAGGGAAUAAAUGGGUUAUGAAUGUCA